AUGGAGGUCUGGGGAAGGGACAUCCUGAUCACCAGCGUGGACCCUGCGACAAGCUUCGAGGAGCUCUGCGCGGAAGUGAGAGACAUGUGCAGCCUGCACCAGCAGCACCCGCUCACCCUCAAGUGGGUGGACAGCGAAGGCGACCCCUGCACUGUGUCCUCCCAGAUGGAACUGGAGGAGGCCUUCCGUCUGGCCUGUCAGCACAGGGACGAAGUGCUCGUCAUUCACGUUUUCCCGAGCAUCCCCGAGCAGCCAGGCAUGCCGUGUCCAGGGGAACACAAAUCCAUCUACCGCCGUGGAGCCAGAAGAUGGAGGAAGCUGUACCGCGCCAACGGCCACCUCUUCCAAGCCAAGCGCUUUAACAGG